UGUCUUCAAGGACCAUUGAGUAGACACAAUAAUAAGCUCACGGUGAAUUACAACAACGUUGGAGUUAUGUGUAUUGUACAUUAUAUUAUUGCAAUUUCAACGUUUUGCGACUGUGUCGAACAAAACCCAGCGUGAAAGAACCAUACUAAAUAUGAACCGUAUUGUUAAUGCACAGUUUUAUCUGGGGCCGGUUACGUCAUUUUAUUUUGGUAAUUAACCGUGUUAGAGAUUGUGCUUGCAUUAAGGAACAUUUGGCGGAAAAAUACACGAGUGUGUAGAGACGAUAACAACUUGACAUUACAAUAACAAAAUCAUUAAACUGAUAAAGCAAAAGCGUUUUAUAUUCAAUAGAUUUUCACAUACCACGUGACACUACACGGAAGUGACGCGGAUGCUGAAAAGAGUUCAGUAAAGCAUCUGGGAGCAAAACACCAGCUAGCGUAAAAUUUCACAUUUUACACCAGAAGACCGAAGAAAGAGACCAAUAUACGUUCAGAACAGUUGACACAUCUGUGAAUAAGCAUCCAUUAUGAAUCCGGUUUACAACCCUGCAGCAGCAGGGGUCCCAUUUACCAAUACCAAGGGUAUGGCAUACCCAGGUAAUUUUAUUUGCUCUGGAUUCCCUGUUGGCUAUGCAACAGCAGCCCCGCCAUACAAUCCCAAUAUCUAUGCAGGAGCAAACCCAGGCUUCCCCAGCGGCUAUGCUCCAGGCACUCCUUUCAAAAUGUCCUGCUCUCCCAACAAUGGGACUGUCCCACCUUACUCCUCCUCACCCAACCCCUACCAGGCCGCUAUGUACCCGGUCAGGAGCACCUACCCCCAACAGAACCCCUAUGCACAGGCGCUAAUACCUUCACAACAACAAGGCACUUAUUACACACAGCCCCUGUAUGCUGCCCCGCCUCAUGUUAUCCAUCACACUACAGUGGUCCAGCCAAAUGGGAUGCAUGCAGCCAUGUAUACCCCGCACAUGCCUCCUCAACGCCACAACAGCGUCGCCAUGGGGAUGGUAGCCGGCACCACCAUGGCCAUGUCAGCUGGUGAGCAUCGAUUAAAGGGAACCUUGUUGACGACUCAAUCACCAGCGUCUGUUGCCCCCCACCAAGUCACGAUGCCCACAUAUCGGCCCCCGGGCACACCUGGCUACAGCUAUGUGCCCCCACAAUGGUGAAGAGAGAGAAGCGUUAGAAGACGGUAGAUAUGCAUUCACACUCUACGCCAGUGUUUUUUGCAAUUGGUUUGGACCUGCUCUGCCAGUGUCUGCAACCAGUUACUCUUCUUCCAGCAUAAUGUGAAUCUAAAACCCAAAUACAUAGAAAGAGGCCCAUUUGGAUAGUCGGGGGUGCAGAAUAGGCCCAUCCCCAUGACCCCUCUCAAUGGAAUAAGGCUGCAUUCCAUGUCAAACCCCAGCGCCAGCACCUCUUCAACCUGCUGCAUAUCUCACAUCAAACAGCAAUGCCUCCAUGCAAACUUCUUUUGUGAACUGUCAUGCAGGGUUUUAUAGCUUAAAAAAAUCUUAAGUGGUAAAAAGGGAGUUUGGAAUAGUUUUCUGUUGUUUCUUUCAAUUUGGGGGAUAUAUAUGAUGUUGAAUGCAUGUGUAUACAUAGAUAUAUGAAGUAAUGCUAGCGCAAUCUACCUGCUGUGACAGAUGCAAAAUCAACAAAAGGCACAUCCAAAGGAACAAAAAAAAGUAAUAAUCUGCAAUGCUGAAUCACCAGUGUCCAUCGAUUACAUGUGAAAGAGUGAAAGACAAGAAUCGUGUAUUCAUGCAAAAACAUACCUGCACAAAGACGUGCAGACCAAACUGUACUAUUUUCACUGUUCUGUGAUUUGGUUUUACGGCUAGGUUUUCAUUAUUUCAUGCAGUUAAAGCAUUUGUUCUUUCCAUUUUUGUAUUUUAGGAAAAGAUGGGACUUUUUAAGUGUCGCAAAGGCCACCAGUCAAAAACUCAACCAUUUUGAGUGUUUUACUUUUCCUGUGUCAACUUUUCCAAAAGUGUCAAGCAGAUUUUGUUCCUUUUUUUUGGGGUGAUGAUUUUCAAAUUAUUCCCUUUUUUUUUAGCCAGAAACACUCUUAGUGAGGAACAAGUAGAGGAAGUGGUUAGGAAUCAUUUGCACCCAUUUCGAAGUUUAAGAGAGAGAGAGAGAGAGAGAGAGAGUGUGUGUGUGUGUGUGUGUGUGUGUGUGUGUGUGUGUGUGUGUGUGUGUGUGUGUGUGUGUGUGUGUGUGUGUGUGUGUGUGUGUGUGUGUGUGUGUGUGUGUGUGUGUGUGUGUGUGUGUGUGUGUGUGUGUGUGUGUGUGUGUGUGUGUGUGUGUGUGUGUGUGUGUGUGUGUGUGUGUGUGUGUGUGUGUGUGUGUGUGUGUGUGUGUGUGUGUGUGUGUGUUAAAAUAGAAACCAUUAAGUGGUGCCAUAUAUUGCAACGCGCCUAGAAUAUUCGACCUACAUCUCACAAUACUCAAUUUGUUCUUAGGUAGGUCUAAAGCACUACAUAAAAUCACUGCUAACUGUGGACAUGUAAGGAAAAAGUAAUCUUGUUAAACUUCAUUCGUGAAUAGCACCACUGAAGGCACUAAAUCAAAACAGUAAAGUAAAGAUAUCUGACCUUUUGCAUUGCUCGCUGUUUUACCUCAAGGUUUCAGGCUAACCACCAAUAUCACUGUUUCAGACAUGCUUUCAUAUGUUGCCUCAGUCACCUCGGUUAAAUAAUCUGUUUUGUAAAUGUUAUUUUUGUGAUUUUGGUUCUUGUUUUGUAUUAUAAAGAAAGACCAAAAAUAAAACAAAUAUAAGAAUAA